AUGUUCGAGAGCCUCACGAUCAUGGAGCAACAUCACCGUUAUAACGACGUGGACGCGGUGCCUUUCAAAUCUAUCAAACUUAUUGGUGGCGGUGCAGUUGGAGUUGUCGACGAGGUCUUGGGCCUUGCCGGCCCAUUCCGGAAUCGCGUUUACGCCCGGAAAACCAUUGUCCUCGUCGAGGAUCCCGCCGGCCGAGAGGCUGAGCUUCUCGAAAUCGAAAAAGAAGUUGAGAUCUUGAGGGAGGCUAGCCAUCAUCACAUUGUGAAGCUUGUCACGACAUAUUUAUUCGACGAUAACUACGCAAUCGUCAUGGAUCCCCGUGCAGAUAGUCACCUGGAGAGAUCUCUUCAACAGAACGCCCGAAGCGGCCGAAAAGAUAUCCACUUGGUUUGGGUGUCUUUUGAGCGGAGUGGCCUACGCCCACCAACGUGGAAUUCGACACCGGGAUAUCAAGCCUCACAACAUUCUCGUCAAGGAUGGAACAAUUCUUCUGAGCGAUUUUGGGAUCUCUAUGAUGGGACUCGGAAUCACGGUUCCAACAACAAUUCUUGGGAGACCUAG